AUGGAAGAUGAGGAAUGUGGCAUGGCUCUUAACCUCCAGUCAACAAGGGAGCAAAAGAGAAAUAGCGCUAAGCUGCCAGCGCAAGAAAUUCUGGUGAAACAACCCCGCAGGCAUCAGAUCACUGCAAGAAUUGGAUGUGUUGUGAUGUUCCUUUUAAUUGGAGCUCUGAUAGCACACCGUAUAUGGGCUUUUCAGAUGAGGCAACCUAUGGAUGCCGCAAAGAAAGCCAAUGUCUCGCAGGAACCCCCUACCGAUGGAACGGAAAAUAAGUCUGACGUGGAGAUUUUUGUGUCUUACUUGUGGCAGUUUUUGUGUCAGCCACUCCACACUGGCUUAGCAGAGAACACUACAUGCAAACUCUGUCCUGAAAACUGGUUCCUUUAUGAGGACAAAUGCUACUGGAUCUCCAAAGAAAAAGGAAGUUGGAAGAAGGGUAAGGAAGACUGCAUAGCAAGAUCGUCUCGGCUGCUGGUGAUGCAAAAACAGAAAGACAUGGCUUUUGUCCAGCAUAUUAAUGAAGAGAUGCAAUUGCUGUGGGUUGGACUACAAGUCACAUUCCCUGGAGGAAAAUGGACCUGGGUGGAUGGCUCCCAAUUAGAUGACAAACGAUCGCACAAACUGGGCCCCAUCGAAACAAACAGCUGUGGGAUGCUGAAUGGGAAUGAAAUUAUUUCUGAAGCCUGUGGUACUGUAACUACAUGGAUCUGUGAGACAGAAGCCCUCAAUAUAAGCAAUGAUAAAAUGUAA